CGUGCUUUCGACCAAGCAAUCAAACAGCAGCAGCGGCAGCGGCAGGUGGUCGCCUUGUUGGAGCUUCCUUCGAAUUGAAUCCUUACCCUCAACCCUGCAUCUCUUUGCCCCAAUAAAGCAAAAGGAAAGAAAGGGCAACCACCAAGCGCAAGCCGCUUCUAUUCCUUUCCCCUCCCUCUCCGCCGUCUCCUCCCCUUUCCCUGCAGAUCCUCGAUCGCUCUUCUGCUCGAGGGCUCGACGCCCUUCCCUUCGUGAAGAACUUGUACGAGGGUGAAUAAAGGUUGUGGCAGUAAUGAUGUUCUACUUUAUCGUCUUCUUCAUGCCUGUCUUCUUCAUACAGUAAAGAAGAAGAUUCUGUGGAAUUCCACGGAAGAUGUCAAGUUCAUCUGAGAUGUCAGGGAAGAAUGUUGAGACUUCCGAGCUACAGACAAUGGAAGAUGAGCACGCAAGACUGGUGUUGCCAAGUGAAUCAAGAAUAUCCAAUUUUGACCCUCAACAGGUAGUUGAAAAAGCUACUUCGAGAUCGUACAUCUGGUGGAUGAAAAUUCUCUUUUUCUGCUUUCUGUUGGUGGUACUUAGUUUCGUCUUCGUCAAAUGGGGACUACCGUUUGCUUUUGAGAAGGUUCUCCUGCCAAUUAUGGAGUGGGAAGCAACUGCUUUUGGGCGGCCUGUUCUUGCUUUGGUACUCAUUGGAUCCUUAGCUUUGUUCCCAGUUUUGUUAAUUCCUUCUGGACCAUCCAUGUGGCUGGCAGGAAUGAUAUUUGGAUAUGGUCUUGGAUUUCUUAUAAUUAUGGUAGGAACUACCAUAGGCAUGGUGUUGCCUUAUUUUAUUGGCUUACUGUUUCGUGAACGGAUACAUGAAUGGUUGAAUAAAUGGCCUCAGCAGACUGCUAUACUUAGGCUGGCUGGGGAGGGAAGCUGGUUUCAUCAAUUUCGAGUUGUUGCGCUGUUUAGAAUUUCACCAUUUCCAUACACAAUCUUCAACUAUGCAGUAGUAGUGACAUGUAUAAAAUUUGGUCCUUAUCUCAUUGGCUCUAUCGCUGGAAUGAUACCUGAAGCUUUCAUCUAUAUUUAUAGCGGACGGUUGAUACGCACACUGGCAAAUAUGAAAUAUGGGAAUUAUACCAUGACACCGGUGGAGAUAGUUUACAACAUCAUAUCCUUUGUCAUCGCCAUUGCAAUCACAAUUGCCUUCACAGUAUAUGCAAGGCGAGCUUUGGGUGAUCUCCGAAAGGCAGAAAGCAGCAUUAGUGGGGGCGACAACCUGAAUGAUAUAAGAGGAGGAAUUGGCGGACUGACCCGCAAUCUUUAUCAGCGGAGUCAGGAGAAAGUUAUACAUGUGCAGGUAUACGAUGAACCUGACGCAUCGUUGAGAAGGUUUGUUCUACAUGUCGCUCGGCAGGCUGGACCGGACUCGUACGUUAGCUCAAUCAGUGAGAUUAGAAAGCUGAGCAACCUGCGUUGUCUCUACCAACUAAAAGCACAGAAGUGGGGGAUGGCCUCAUGGCGCACUCAGGUCAUGGAAGCACCACCUACUCGUGAUGCCCUUUUUGUGAUGGUUAGACACAUUGGCCAUUUACGUUGGAAGGAAACUUCUAAUACUGCCGACAAGGAAAUAGCAAGUUGUCCGUGGUAUUAUGAUAUCACAUGAAAGAGACAUCAGCAGCUCUUUUAUUGGGAGGCGGCGGUGGCGGUGGUGGUGGUUGAAACCGCCUUUUGUUUUGCAUGAGUCGACAAGCUUAAGCUUGCUGUAUUCCAAUUCUAUAAUUCCACGAGUGUGAUUAAGACGCAA